UGCGGUUCCCUGGCGCGUGGCAGGCAGAGCGGUGCGUCUCAGGCAGUGAGUAGGAUCGGCAGCGCGUGCGCCCCAGGCCGGACGGCGAUGGGGCGCGUGCAUGGUACGAAAGAACACAGCGAUGUGAUUGGAUCAUCGUCGACGCGGGUGGCUGGCCGGGCUACUCACAGGAGGGAGGGGUGGUGGAGUGAGCAUCUCGGCGGGUGCGUCGCCGCGCGCUCCUGGAGCGCUUCUUCCUGCGAGAUGCACACACGUGAUCGCGCCGCCCGUCGUGCUCCCACGCGGCACGUGCCGGGCGCCUUAUCGCUUAUCGCGACUAGCCUGGGAGCGCCUCGCGGAGGGCGGAGGCGCUGGCGGAGCUCGCAGCGCCAAAGCUUGGCCUGCCUGGCGAGGGCGACGAGGGCAGCCCUGCGACACUCAGAAUGCAGACUCACAACUGCAGCUGGCGGCUGUGAUGCGUGGCGCUGCUGCUGUGGCGAGCUCGAGGUGGACGUGCGGGGAGCGGGAGGGACAGAAGCCGGCGCAGCAGCAGCUGAGGCCCGCUGCGGGCGACGCCGAGGCGAGCAAGUCUCAGAAGUGCGUGCACCACAAGCCGGUACGAGGCAACAGAAGGACGCGGGACGGAUGCUUGUGGCGUCGGUGAGACGGCAUGCUGUCUCUGCGGUCGUCGGGAACGAGAGUCAGCAGCGAGAGGGGCGUGUGGGGCUCGGCGCCGCUCUUCGGAGGCAGCACGGCGCGGUUUGAGCCCGUCGGGGGAGCGCUCCGGACGAGCAUGAGCGUGCUCGACUCUGAGCUGCGAGCGGCGGUGUGAUGCAGAUGCACAAGGUACAAGCUGUC